AUGGUUAAUCUUAAGGAUGCUUUACGAUACGUUUUCCAAGAGUCGAGUUGUUUGGGAUUGCAGCUCAAAAUGGGAGGUAAAUUUCUCCUAAAGCUAAAUAUUGGCGAGAGACCGAUAGCAAACAAGAAACGAUUAAAGUCAGUCAUAUCAACUGGAAAUCAACCUUUUGAGUUCGGUCUUGUGGGUUUGAAGAGUUUCAAAGCCUUCGGAUUUGUGAGAUUGGGAUCUCUUGGUGCACUUUUUCGUACGCCUUUGACAGAUUAUCGGAAGCUUGCUAACGAUAUUAGGGUUCACGGGUCAAAGGAGUCUAACAUAUAUGCGAGUGUUUGGGUGAUUAAACCCUUGCGCGUAAUGAAAGUAAUUUUGGACCCGAAAGAUGGUGAACUAUGCCUGAAUAGAGUGAAGCUAGAGGGAACUUUGGUGGAGGCUCGAAGCGGUUCUGACGUGCAAAUCGAUCGUCAAAUUUGGGUAUAG